AUGCAAGAGAUUGAGCCGACAAGGAGCAGUGCUACCUUAACAUGUGUUGGAACAUUUGCAGUUACCAGCAUGAAACCUCUGAGUCCUGAAGGGAAAGGAGUGCAAGCUUGUGGAGGAAAACAAAAAGGCGGUACUAGAUUAAGAGAUCAAGAGAAAGACAAAGCACAUCCUGAGAAGAGUGUCAAACAGGUAUUGGUAAAGCAUAGUGUAACUUAG